AUGGCCAGCUUGAGGGAAGAAGCUCCCGCUAUUUCAGGCGGAGAGCUGCCUAUGGAAUUACGGAAAACAACAUCCAAGACAUUUGAGUUGUCGAGUAGCCCACGCAAACGUGCUCUUCCAAAAGAGAAACCUGAUGAGCUUAGCAUUUCGGCUGAUCCCACAGAGAGAAGCGACGACCCCGAAUCUCCUCCCAAGCGGCCUCGAACAGCCGAGUGGCCUCUUAAGAAUGGUGUCGAUCUCAAUGACCAGCCACGUGAGAAGGCUUCAUCACCUCCUUCCAAACGUAAGAAGUAUGGCAAGAAGACUCGAUCGUCGAAAUUCAAAGAGGGCAGUCUCAAUGACAAGCCCAGCAAACAGCCUCCAUCGUCAUUUCUAGAAGUAGGAGAUCCUCUUGAGACAUACGCAAAUCAAGAGACUACAAGAGAUCAAGCAGAUACUGUUUACACUGCUGGUCUAGAGACUGCGAAGGCUACGGGCGUGUUUCGUUUUGGCAAGGCGAUUGCAACAGCACUGAAUCCUGUCAAUUUCUGGCAGGGGUUCAAUGGUUCUCGAAAGGACAAACAACCUAGUGCUCAUGUGGAGCAUCAAAAGCCAGACACCCAGAAGGAGGAUAUCAACAAAGCAUAUACCGCUCUAAAGGAAGGCGGCUUCCAGGGCAUGAAGACGACCGUAAACCAUCAGCACAUAAACGUUGAGCCGACUCUCAACUUUGAGGAUCUGCAAGAUGCCUGCCGAAAUUCAUUCCAUGAUUCAGCCAUCGAUGUAGAAGCCCCAAGCAAGCGCAACAGCCAUGACACUACCUCCAGCAACAAGCUACAAAUCCCCGGUCGACGGAGCCGUGACAGGUCUAAAAGUCCAGCUUCAGUAGCUAGUUCAGGCCGAAGAUCCUUUACGCACCUGAGGUCUCCUUCAGUCCAGGAUCUCAAGAAGGUCAAAUCUCAUCUUCAGCUACCGUCAAAGAAGAAUCGAGCGUCCAAGGAAAUACCAUCGAUUGACUCUGUGCUUGCGGCCGAUACUCCUGAAGCCAAUAGAGGUUUACAGCGACGGCCGUCUAAAAAGGAGCUGGCUCGCGUACAGAAACUUAACAAAAGGGUCAGUGACUUGGAAACGAAGCUAGACUCUGCACGUCAAGAAUUACAAGAUUCGUUGGACUCCGCGCCAGCAGUCCCGCAAUUACCAACGACCGUAGGCCGUAAGCAGUUUGUGCCGGGUGCACUUGCUACUCUACCUUCGGAACGCCUGCUAGGAGCGCGUGCGCAACGCGUCCUGGACCAAGCUUCAGAUGCGACGUUCAAAGAGAGCGGCACUCGUCGAUCUCGCAAAAGCCUGGAAUUGAAAGACAACAACCACCGCUCUUGGCCCGAUGUCUCUCAGGGAAAGAAGGUUCCGGAUCCACAACCUAGACGCAGUUCUUCACGACGCAAAUCUUCUCGAGUCGGUUCUGCCGAAGUUCACGAUCUCGAGCAGCAAUCACCACCAAUGAAUUUAAUAGAUCCACAACUAGCGCUCCCAUCCGCGUUUCCAACAACACACAAUGUCCCAAGUUUACCCGUUGACUCCAAGACCGCAGUCCCCGAAUCCGAUCUCCUCACCAAAAACGCAGGCCACACCCCUACAACAAAGCGGCAAUCCAAAACCCUGCACAUCUCCUCCCAAGCUACCAACCGCGCCCGCUCUCCAGCACCACCGCCGACUUUCUCACCAAUCCAAACGCGUAGUCGAAAACGCGGCAUUUCGCCCCCACCACCAAGCCUGGUGUCUGAUUCGGUGAAGAAGAGGGCUUCUCGGGGCAGUGGUGUUGGUGUGGUGAAGGACGAUAAGGGGAAGGAAAGUCCGUUAGGGGACCGCGAUGGAAAUGGUGAGGGGGUAAGGAGGAGUCUGAAGAGAAGGAGUGGGGUGGGGCUUCGUGGCGGAGGUGGAGGUGGAGGUGGAGGUGGAGUGGAGAAUUGGAAGGACAAGCCCCUGCCGGAUAUUCAGCGCGAGGAGUGGGAGUGGGGGGAUGAUGUCUUUUGA